CGAGCGACUCCCACCACAGCGUGUCUUCAUUAUGACCCGCCGCCCAUAGUCCGCGGAGCUUGACAAUCUAGAUCCCCAAGUCGUGCUAAUUGGCACCUCGACUUUCCCCAAUCUGCUCAGCACUUGCUGCGCUGUGCUUCCGCUGCCAUGGCAUCCAAUGCAGCUCAGAGCAGCCCCACCAAGGUCUCUAUCCUCGGGAAAGAGUCCAUUAUAGUCGAAUAUGGCCUUUGGGAGAGUUUCGUUGCGCAUGACCUCCUCACAUCCGUCAAGUCUUCCACCUAUGUGCUCAUCACGGACACGAACAUCGGCUCGCUCUACAUCCCUACCUUCCGAAAGAGCUUCGAAAACGAGGCCUCGAACAUAUCCACCCCUCCACGGCUUCUGACCUACGAGAUUGCACCCGGCGAAAACUCGAAAUCACGAGCCACGAAAGGUGUGGUCGAAGAUUGGUUGCUGUCACAAGGAUGCACCCGAGACACUGUUAUAAUCGCCCUUGGCGGUGGAGUGAUUGGAGACAUGAUAGGCUUUGUCGCGGCAACAUACAUGAGGGGCAUACGCUUCGUGCAGGUUCCCACAACUCUGUUGUCCAUGGUUGAUUCUUCAAUUGGUGGCAAGACGGCUAUUGAUACUCCCGCGGGGAAGAACCUCGUGGGCGCAUUCUGGCAGCCAGAAAGAAUCUAUAUUGAUCUCCAGUUCCUAGAGACUCUUCCAAAACGAGAGGUCAUCAAUGGCAUGGCGGAGGUUGUCAAGACCGCUGCGAUCUGGGACGAGCAAGAGUUCACUGCCUUGGAAGACAAUGCCGAAAUUAUACUGCAAACGAUUGAAAAGAAGCCUGUGAAAGGCCAGCGCCGGAUGGAAGCCAUUGCCACGAUACUGAAGCGUAUUGUGCUUGGUUCGGUCCGAGUCAAAGCACAUGUCGUGUCUGCGGACGAGAGAGAAGGCGGUCUACGGAAUCUGCUGAACUUUGGGCAUUCAAUAGGCCAUGCCAUGGAGGCCAUUCUCACACCGCAAAUCCUUCACGGCGAAUGCGUGGCUAUUGGCAUGGUGAAAGAGGCAGAGUUAGCAAGAUACUUGGGAGUCCUUGAACCGGCAGCUGUCGCGAGACUGACCAAAUGCAUUGCCAGCUACGGGCUGCCUACAUCGCUAGAGAACAAAACCGUGAGGAAGCGAUCAGCAAACAGGCACUGCCCUGUCGAUGAGCUCAUAUCUAUCAUGGCAGUCGACAAGAAGAACGAUGGCGCCAAGAAGAAAAUUGUACUCCUCUCCGGUAUUGGGAGGACUUAUGAAAAGAAGGCUAGCGUUGUGGCUGAUCGAGAUAUCAAACUCAUCUUAUCCCCGAGUGUGCUAGUCCGUCCAGGGAUUCCUCCUAGUUCAAAAGUCGUUUGUACUCCGCCAGGAUCGAAGAGUAUCUCGAAUCGUGUCCUUGUUCUUGCAGCCCUCGGAUCAGGAUCCUGCCGAAUCUCAAACUUGCUACAUUCAGAUGAUACCCAAGUCAUGCUUGAUGCCAUUUCAAAAUUACAUGGCGCGACAUUCGCGUGGGAGAAUGAUGGCCGUGAGCUAGUUGUCAUUGGAAAUGGAGGCAACCUAAAAUCUACCACCGAUGAGCUCUAUUUGGGCAAUGCUGGCACUGCUUCUCGAUUUCUGACAACCGUUGCAGCGCUUGCACAGCGGACUGAGAGCACUGGGACCACAGUUCUGACAGGCAACGCUAGAAUGAAGGAGCGACCUAUUGGUCCUCUAGUCAAAUCUCUUCGGUCCAUGGGAGUGCAUGUUGACUACCUGGAGAAGGAAGGCAGCCUUCCCCUUAACAUUAAGGCUUGCGGCGGGUUUGGUGAUGAAUCUUUCACGGGAGACAUCGAACUCGCAGCCACUGUCUCAUCUCAAUACGUAUCCUCCCUGCUUAUGUGCGCACCGUAUGCCAAGAAGGCGGUAACUCUUCGCCUGGUCGGCGGAAAGCCCAUAUCCCAGCCGUACAUCGACAUGACCAUCUCCAUGAUGGCGAGUUUCGGGGUGAAGGUACGGAAGUCUACAUCAGAACCGAAUACUUACCACAUUCCCAAGCAAGCCUACAGCAAUCCCGCCGCAUACGUUGUCGAGAGUGACGCCAGCUCAGCUACCUAUCCACUAGCUAUUGCAGCUAUCACAGGCACGACGUGCACUGUGCCCAACAUUGGGUCAAGCUCUCUCCAAGGGGAUGCUCGCUUCGCUGUGGACGUGCUUCGACCCAUGGGCUGCACGGUUGAGCAGACAGAAGGCUCGACUACGGUGACUGGACCACCCAAAGGCGGAUUGAAGGCUUUGACAGAAGUGGACAUGGAGCCCAUGACAGAUGCAUUCCUGACCGCCUCCGUUUUGGCUGCAGUUGCGUCCUCCAAUGGCACCACAACGACCACUCGCAUUACAGGUAUAGCCAACCAGCGAGUGAAGGAGUGCAAUCGCAUCGCUGCGAUGAAAGAUCAACUGGCGAAGUUUGGAGUCAUCUGUAGAGAGCUUGAAGAUGGGAUCGAAGUUGACGGAUUGAGCUACGAACUAACCCCACCAUCCACUGGCAUUCAUUGCUACGAUGACCAUCGAGUUGCAAUGAGUUUUGGGGUCCUCUCAAUUGUCGCUCCACAGCCGGUACUUGUUCUUGAGAAAGAUUGCACGGGCAAGACGUGGCCUGGCUUUUGGGAUAUUCUCUCCCAACAAUUCAAGGUUCAGUUGGCUGGCGUUGAACCACCAACUCUCGCACAGAACGGUGUAAAGAAGAACCCAACCCAUGAGAAGUCGAUCUUCAUCAUCGGGAUGAGAGGGGCGGGGAAGACCACGACUGGUGGUUGGGCUGCGCGGAUCUUAGGAUGGCCACUGCUCGAUCUUGACACUGCACUAGAAGCGCACGUUGCCAUGACCAUUCCGGAACUGAUCAAGGCGCGAGGCUGGGAAGGUUUCCGUGACGAAGAAUUACAACUGCUUGCUCGAACUAUCAGAGAGAAGCCAACGGGUCAUAUCCUCGCUUGCGGAGGAGGAAUAGUGGAAAUGCCAGAAGCUCGCAAAAUGCUUUCGGCCUACCAAAAAGACGGUGGCAUCGUUUUACUGGUAACGAGAGAUAUUGCGCAAGUGAUGCAGUUUCUCAACAUCGACAAGACGAGGCCUGCAUACGUUGAAGACAUGAUGGGCGUUUGGCUGCGACGCAAGCCCUGGUUUCAAGAGUGCAGUAACUUCCAUUUCCACAGCCAGUCCGUCGACUCUGCUGGGCUUGCUAAUACACUGGAGGAUUUCUCCCGGUUCCUUUCACUGAUAUCUGGAAAGUCCUCGGUCCUUGAUUUCAUGAAGAAGAGGAAACACUCGUUCUUUGUUUGCCUCUCGCUACCGGAAAUUCUUCCUUUCGUACAGCAACUCCCGGAGAUUGUUGUUGGUUCAGAUGCUGUCGAACUUCGGGCUGAUCUUCUAGAGGAUCCCAAAUCUACCACCGGUAUCCCGUCGGUAGAAUUUGUUGUGGGCCAAGUCGCGUUGCUACGCUCCGCGGUCACUUUACCGUUGAUCUUCACGAUUCGGACCCGGGCCCAGGGUGGAAGGUUCCCUGACGAUGCUUUCUCUGAAGCACUUCAGUUGUACAAGACCGCCAUCAGACUUGGGUUCGAGUUUAUCGAUCUCGAGAUGACAACGCCAGAUAGCAUUCUUGGAGAAGUGUCCGAGAGCAAAGGCCACUCGUGUAUCAUUGCGUCGCAUCACGACCCACAAGGACAGCUCUCUUGGAGCAAUGGCUCGUGGAUUCCCUUCUACAACAAAGCAUUGCAAUAUGGAGAUGUUAUCAAGCUUGUUGGGAUGGCCAAGUCUCUCCAGGAUAACUUUGCCCUCGCAGAUUUCAAGGCAUGGGCAGACAGCGCUCAUCAAACGCCCUUAAUCGCUCUCAACAUGGGAGCGAAAGGAAAGCUUAGCAGGAUCACCAACUCAUUCAUGACGCCCGUUUCGCAUCCCAAGCUCCCUACAGCAGCCGCGCCCGGACAGCUAUCUGCGGCAGACAUUCGCCGCGGGUUAGCCCUUGUCGGUGAGAUUGAGCCGAAGAGGUUCUACAUCUUCGGUUAUCCCGUGGGGCUUUCGCGAUCACCGCCGAUGCAUAACACGCUGUUUAGUGAAACCGGUCUUCCGCAUAAGUACAGUCUGUAUGAAACAAAAGACGUCAACGAUAUCAAAGACAUCAUCCGGGCGCCAGAUUUCGGAGGAUCGUCCGUUACUAUGCCCUUGAAGCAGGACGUCCGGCCGCUGCUUGAUAGCGUUGGUCCAGAAGUCGACGUAAUCGGGGCGCUGAACACUAUUGUGCCUCAAACUGUCACCGAUGUUUCUGGGAAGGAGGUUGUGUGUCUGGUUGGCCGCAAUACCGACUGGCAAGGUAUGGUUCUCGUGCUCCGCAAUGCUGGUGCGCAAGGCAGCGCUGGACUCCAAAGCGGCCUCGUCAUUGGCGGUGGAGGCACUGCACGCGCAGCUGUUUACGCUCUGUAUCAAAUGCAGUAUUCACCGAUUUACCUUGUAGGACGGAGCCCGCAAAAGAUGGCCGCGCUGGUCGAUUCUUUCCCCAAGGAAUAUGAUCUGCGUACUUUACCGGACCUCAAGGCGGUGGAGAGCCUAAAGAAGAUUCCGUCCGUUGCGAUUGGCACGAUCCCCGCUGAUCAGCCUAUCGAGUCGGGUAUGCGCGAGGUUUUGUGCAGCAUCUUCUCGAAAGCCUCGGCGGCAGACGCAGGCGCUAAGUCUCCCGUGUCUGGAAAAGCCGAAAGCAAUCGGAUCCUUCUUGAGAUGACCUACAAGCCACCAGUCACAGCACUGAUGCAGUUGGCAACGGAUGUAGGGUGGAAGACGGUCAACGGGUUUGAGGUACUGGUGGGACAAGGAGUGUAUCAGUUCCAACACUGGACGGGUAUUACUCCUUUGUACGAUGUAGCCAAGGCUGCUGUGUUGGGUGCGUGAAGGAGAGAUAUGCCAGGGGAUUGCGCUUGCAUCUUAGAUUAAGAAAAAGAAGCUGCAUCAACUGUAGCUUUGGAGAUAGGGCAAGUUACGGGCCUCAUGUAGUUUACGUUCAACAACGAUUGCACUCAAAUGUUUCAAAUCCGCCUAUCAACUCAACUUUGAGCUUUCGUCGAUCACUCCGUCAGUCAGCCUGCAGUGAAGAAACUCCACACGCAAAGUUCCGAU